AAAUUUGCAAUAAAAAAUUAUCCGUUUCUAUACAGUGGAUUAGAAAAAAUUAAGGAAAGUGAAAAGGUGGAUGUGAUAAUCCAACCAUGGUUAGGUGGGGGGUCUAACGAUGGUUAGGAAUCCAGUUUAUAUAAGAGCCUCCGCAUGCGAGUAUACAUUUAAGCAGAAUAGGAAAAGAUGAUGAUGAUGACCGGCGAUCAUACACGGUCGAAUCGGACCGUCCAAAUCCCAUCCUGGGAUUACAAUUACCCGGAGGAUCCGACGGCGCAGAUUUACUCUCCCAUCAACGGUCCAGAUGCUCCCUCAGAUUACAAAAAGGUAUUGGCGGCGCUGCAGCGCUACCUGCCGUCUAACAAAGAGGACGCCGCCGUUCCGGCGGAGGAUGGAUGCUCGGAGUUCGAUUUUCCGGUGGAUGCGUUUUCGUGUGACAGCUUUCGGAUGUUCGAUUUUAAGGUGAAGAAAUGCGGUUUUUCUAGAUCGCACGAUUGGACUGAAUGUCCGUUUGCGCAUCCCGGCGAGAAGGCGCGCCGCCGCGAUCCGAGGAGGUACAGCUAUUCCGGCAGCUCAUGUCCUGAUUUUCGGAAAGGAGUUUGUAAGAAAGGCGAUUCGUGUGAUUACGCACACGGCGUAUUCGAGUGCUGGCUUCAUCCUUCCCGCUACCGUACGCAGCUCUGCAAGGACGGGAUCCACUGCCGCCGGCGUGUCUGUUUUUUCGCUCACACGCCGGAGCAGCUCCGCGUGCUACCGAGUUCCGACGAGUCACCGGUUCGACUCGGUCAGGAUUCGUUCGCUUCUACACCUUCCGGUUCGCCUUUAUACCGGUCCUCACCGGUUCUUUACUCCCCUCCUCUAUCGUCGCCGGCGACCGGAUCGCCGCCGGUUUCUCCGACGCUUAACCAACUCAGUGAGUCGAUGCGGCGUCUCGAAUUCAAUAGGAAGAAAAUGGGUAUCGGGUUGAGUGGUAGCCCGCCGGGUUGGGGUCUCGGGCAGGGUCCAUUUACAACCCGACCCAAAUUCACCAGCCUACCGACAACUCCCGUUCGGACUCAAUUUCGGGGCGGGCUAAGCCCAUUUGAAAUAUUUGGAUCUUCUUGGGAAGAAGAGCCGGCUUUGGAAAGGGUAGAAUCUGGGAAACAGCUGCGCGAGAGGAUAUAUGCAAAACUCGUUGAAGAGAACUCACUGGACCGAUUCGUGCGGGAAAACUCGGUUGGCGGGUCGGGUUCUCAAUGGCCCGGCCCAGAGUAAGUGGAGAGUACUAUGAUCAUGUAGAGGGACGUAUGUAAGUAUGGGUAUUCGGGUCAAGUUCAUUAACCAUUUCGUUUUUCUUUUUUUGUACAUGAUAAGUUUGAGUAUGGCAGCUAUGUUGCAUUAUAUAAAUAAUUUUUAAAGUAUAUUUAUAGUGUUUUAUAACUCA